AUGCCCCAGGCUAUCAACGAGCUGGAUGUCGACUUCGAGGCGCAGAUCCAGGAGAUCAAGCGCCUCAUUUCGUCUUCGAACGAUGCAGAGCGACGCACAGCACUUGAAGAGCAGCUCCGGGAUCUUGAGCUCCAGAGAAUCCAAGACGAACAGGAACAGCAGCAGCAGCAGGGGCAACUGGACCCGAGCUCUGCUGCCAACAGGAGGAAAAGCUUUCGCCCAGCCAGUGCGAAGCCGCGGAUGACCCCUCUGACUCCGCUGGCAGAGGAUGCGGAAGUUGUUCCAAGCUCACUUCACGAUCUGGACGCUCAUCGCUUGGACGAUGCUGGGCUUGCGCUGGUGUCGGAGGUCUUCAGUAGCUCGUACGAUGAAACAUUUGGCCCUGCAAAUGUACUUGAGACCGGCAGUCGCACGCUGUGGGUGUCGAGUGGUAUGUUCCCACAGUUCCUUCGGAUUGUACUGCGCGAACCCAAGCGUGUGGCAGCCGUGGAGAUCACCUGCAGGCACGUCACAAAGCUCCAGAUACGCGCGUCACCUAGUCGGAACGUUGCCGUUAACAGGAUGGCGGUGGUCGGGGAGCUUGAAGUGAGCGCGGCAGACAGCGGGAAGCUCGAUACACAUCGAUUUGCGCUAACGCGGCGCGGAUCUCAAAAUGAUGAGGGAAAGGGGGCUGACGAGAAAGAAAACACCGAGCCUGCAGUCGAGGCAAUUCAAAUAGACAUAGAGAGCGGCUACAGCGAUUUUGUAUGCGUGUACUUCGUCCGUCUCCGCAUCGCUAGCUCGGGACACAUAGCAACAUAA